AUGGCGUCGGGCAUGGUUCGCGAGUUUUUCCUGUGUGCCGCGGCUUUGCUGAAUUUUGUUUUCGUGUUUGGGACAGGUGCUGACUUUGUUCGCUUUAUUUCUUUUCGAGCUAUUUAUCAGAACCUUACCGGCGGGCCCCCACAGUGCCAAGAUUCAGUGCCAUGGUCUGUGGCAUUGAGGGAUAGCUCUGUUCUGCAGGCUUUAGUUGUGGAUUCGGCUUUGUUGGUCCUCUUUACUGUACAGCACAGCCUGCUGGCCUGGUCCCCGGUCAAACAGGCAUGCCAGUCUGUGCUGGGAGUCCUGAACAGAGCCAUGUACUGCUCCACCACUGCCCUUGCACUACAGAUAUUGAUGCGCCUCUGGCAGCCUGUGACUGGUGCCCCCUGCCUGUGGUCAGUGCGUCAUGCACCCUGGGCUGUCUGGUUCCCUCUGGUCUGUUUUACCCUCCAUUUUCUUUGCUGGGCCAUUAUCUGCAGUAUCCUGCUCAUAUUUGACUACCCGGAAUUAUUAGGAAUCAAACAGGUGUAUUAUGAGUGCCUGGGGAUGGGUGACCCUCUCGCUCUAAAGUCUCCCCGUGCCCAGAGGUUGUACGCUCAUUUCCGUCAUCCUGUGUGUGUAGAGUUGGCCAUAGUGCUGUGGCUUCUCCCCACGCUUCCUCUGGACAGACUACUGCUGGCUGCUUACCUCACCACCUACCUGGUUUUGGCACACUCACUGGACGCUGAAGACUGCGCAUACCUCAGUGCACAGUUACACAGCAAGUUGCAGCUCCUCUCUACACCACAAGAGGGCAAUGUUCAGGUCAACAAUAACAGUGACAACGGUCACAAGUCUGACUGA